AUGGAAGAGAAGGCGCUGCAGACACACAUCACGCUGUUGUUUUACCUGAUCGUUUUGUUCUACCUGAAAAAUUUUACCUUCAGCUUUAUGGAUAUGCCUAGGAAGCUCUACAAGUACAUAAAAUUCUACUACUUCUUCCUGAUUGUGCUCACGAUUGUUGGCUUCUUUAGCAGACUCCUUGUGCUGACUAGACUGCUUCUUAUUCAGCAGGUGCAGAAAAUUGUAAACCAUUUUUUCCUGGGGAAUAGGGCCCCUCAUUUGAGGAAUGCUAAACGGAAUGGGAGGUUAAGGAGUAUUCAGAGGAACAACGGUGCACGUGCUCCUUUGGGUAAUAAUUCGCCCAUUGGGGGGGGCAACCGUGAGGGAGGCAAGCUCGAAGGAAAGGAAGACUGCAGUGGUGAUAUUUCCGUUAGUAGUGACGGUGGGGUAGGAAGUGAUCUUGCAAUUAGUAGCGAUAGUGGCGUUGGGAGCGACAUCGCAGUUAGUAGUGACGGCUGUGUCAGCAGUGACGGAGUUGGCAGUGAUGACUGCGGCAGCAGCGAUGGAAGCAGAAGCAAAGGUGCACGCAGGAGCAGAGUAGGUAGAAAAGGACUGCGUAGCUUCCUCAAGUUUAUUCGAAUUAUCCGUAUAAGAAGGAGGAAAUCUCCUAAUGACGGAAAGAGACACGGAAAAGGUGAUCCCCCCGACGAGGCAGACACCACCACCACCACCUCAGGUGAAAGAAUCAAAUUUCAUGUGAAUGCCGCUGAGCGGCGUGAAGAGUCUUCAAGUGAGGACUGCUCCCCCAGUACCGGGUCCAGUGCCUCCGAAGGAGAGUCAAUCAGUUUGAAGAGCGAACUUAGCAGUGAAUCAGACAGUCAAGUGAGUGAAGGAAGGCAAACCAAUGCCUACACGUUCGAACAGGAGGGGAAGGACCCCUACCUGCACAAUUAUCUAACGAAGCAAAACUACCUCCGAUUGUAUACCCUCCUGACGGAAGCCCUUUUCAACCACAAGAAUAAUCUCACCAUAACGGGUGACCCGUCUGGGAUGGGUCUCCAAAGGAAGACACGUAAAUGUGCUCACUGCAAAGGUGAACUGAAUCAUCCACAGGAUGAUAGACCUAGUGGGAUCGCUGGCGAUUAUUGUGCCACUUGUAUAAAGCUUGAGAGGACAUUCCCCAAGCCUAUAUUAAAGAAGAGCUCCUCCUUCCCCCUUUCGACGCAAGAUACACAAAGAAGGAAAGAAACUAAACGAAUUCGCUUCAACGCAGAAGUAGAAACGUAUUACAUAGACAAGUAUCUGACAGAAGAUUCAGAUGCCUAUGGAAUGCGUAUGACUGGUGACAAGCGAAAAGGUAUGUAUAAACUUUUUGGAGAAUACAACGUGGCUAACUCGGAUAUUUUCAGCUACUACAACAUGCGAAACAAUGUUAACACCGUUUUUAGUGACUUCAUGAACUUGGUUUCUGAUUGCAAGGACAAAAUUGUGCGCAAAUUUUAG